AUGGAGCAAUCGAUCCUGCGCAUGGAGACAGAGCUCCAGAUGCAGUAUGGAAAUGAAGACUGGAGCACGACUUUUCGCGCUGGACCGGACUCUAUUGGAAUUCUCGCCGAAUGUAUUUUGAUUACCUCAAGACCAAUGGUAAUAGGUAUUGAGCUGACGGGCCCUGGGCUUGAGUAUACAACACUCUCCGCGAAUGUGAGCCACUGUGCAGCUGUUGGCGCAGAUACAUUUAGAACCACUGCAAGGAAUAUGAAAGUCUUGGCUCAUUUAACAAAUGAGCUCUCGCAACCGAAUGGGACUAUUGAGAAAAUGUUGAAGUUCUGUGAGGCUGGUCAGUCUGAAGCAAGAGACAGGCUGCUGUCUAAGUAUAUUUCAAGAGGCGAGAAGAUUGUUGCGAACUGUACAGACCUCAUUGGAGAGGUCAGCGCCUUGUUUGAUGCUUGGUGCAACAUGACAGCGGCCCUUUAUCUUGCUUUGCAAGACACACUAGGCCAAAAGCGGAAGCAGGAGCAGCAUGUAAUCAACGAGAUUAAUAAAAACGAAAUUGACAAGGAAUUGAAGGAAGGUCAGAGGGAAAAGGAAGAGGCAAGGACAAACGAGCGAGCGAAACACAUGCAAGAGACUCGCGAAAAGAAGGCACUGUACGAAAAGUAUGCCGGAAUUGUAGCCAGCGGCAGCGUCUUGGCGGAAGGAGGCCUAACUGCUGUAGUUGCUUCUGCAUCGGCAGUUACCACAGGAGUCGGACUUGUGGUUGCUGGUGCGGCUGCCUACAUACACUACAGAACCCUUAGAGCAGACCUCAUGAGUAUGGAGGAAGCUCAAGAACGAAGGAACCAGGAGAUCCGUGAGCUUGAAGCGUCAAAGGCAAUCCUUGAGAAGACACUGGCACACCUAAGUGCAGAAUCAAAAUCAAUCGACGAAGUUAAACAAAUUGUGCAAUUGUCUUUCAAGAAGGUGACUGAGCUACAACAACUAGUCAGGAAGUUCAUGAAGUUCCUUCUCGAUAUCAAUGCCAUUAUCAAAUAUACAGUGGAACACAGUACACUCGUGUAUGAUUUUGUCAAGGACAAAGAGGACUUAAUCGAUCCUGGUGUCAAGAUGGAGUUGCUAGAGAAUGCAUUUGAUAUGAAGACCAGAUUCAUAUUUGCCUCAAAAGCGUCAAACGUUUACAACGCCGUCUCCAGCCAGUUCAUCCUGCCAACGUUGGACAAGCUACCGGAAUUGGGUCUCCUGAACGAGGCUACGGAACGCGAAGUCAUGACAAAAAUGGAAGAGCUGCAUGAUUUUAGGUGUAGAGUCUGCUCAGAAACCGUAUCUCUAACUCAAAAGAUGCACGCAGAACUGAAGGAGAGCCUGGCAGAGGUAACCAGGGCCUCUGCUAGAGUUUUCGAGGAUAUAGCAUCCGGUGAUCACGACAGUCCUGGAGAGGGAUCUCAGUGA